GACCAAUAAGACUUUGUCAGACUUGAGCAUGUUCAGGUACUACUAUCUGACUUUUGGUGAUAUUAGAGUCAUAGGUAGUAGCGUCCCCUCUUGUCGAUUUGCCAGUGCCAGUGAGUUUGGGGACUCUUUGUAUGGUCCACCAAACUUGAAAUUGUUAGAAAUUACCAAAGUACCGAAAAACAGCACUAGAAGAUUCGAUCGAUUGGAUGUCUGAAUUGUUCACCCAUGUACACAAAUUGACAACCAAGUCCAGGGUAAUUGAGGAACAGCGUCUGACCUGCUGUCCGAUUGCGAUAGCCUGAGCGAGCUAAAGUGGAACUUUGGCUCCAGUCCCUGCAAUUCUCAGUUGUCGGCGCCCGUGCCUGAAAGCGGUGUGCCAACUUUUCGGUGGCAGAAUUUCCCAAGAUUUUCUGACAUUUCCUAGUCUCGGCUGUAGCAACACUUUGCCUACUGUAACACCCGUCCACCCCAAUAACCAAUCCAGCAAUGGCGAAAAGCAAACUCAAGAUGGCGCUAGCCGCCGACAAGGGCACCGACUUCAAGAAGUUGAAGGAGAAGCGCCAGAAGAAGGCAGCCCUCAAGCGCAAGCAGGCUGAAGAAGGACCCCAGGACAGCGACGACCACAGCGGGGCAGAGGACGCCGAAGUGGCGCAAAUAAGCGACGAGUCUGAUGAGGACGAGGAAUACGAGGAUGCAGAGGAGCAGAUCAACCUCCACGGCAUCGACGAGAGCGACAGCUCCGGCUCCGAGGUCGAAAUGGAAGAGCGCUUGCCACGUAAACCAAAGACAAUCCUGAAACCUCUCAAUGCUGCGAAACCGAUCGCCAGACCUGGAAAGGCCGAGGACGCCGACAGUGAUGAGGAUGAGGACGAGGAAGAUGAGGAGGACAUUCCCAUUUCCGAUCUCGAAGACCUCGACGAAGACGAGAAGGAAGAUCUCAUUCCGCACACCCGCCUCACAAUUAACAAUACGUCUGCCCUGCUCACCUCGCUCAAUCGCAUCGCACUGCCGACCGACAAGUCCGUACCGUUUGCCACACAUCAAGUGGUCGUCUCGGCCGAGGCCACGGCCGACUCCAUUCCCGACAUCCAGGAUGACCUCCAGCGCGAACUGGCAUUCUACUCGCAAUCGCUCGCCGCGGUGCGCGAGGCGAGGACGAAGCUACGCGCAGAAAAGGUGCCCUUCAGCCGGCCCAAGGACUACUUUGCGGAGAUGAUCAAGGAGGACGCGCACAUGGAGAAGAUCAAGGCCAAACUGGUCGAGGAGGCCACCAACAAGAAGGCGGCCGCUGAGGCUAGGAAGAUGAGGGACCUCAAGAAGUUUGGCAAACAAGUCCAAGUGGCCAAGCUGCAAGAGAGACAAAAGGUCAAGAGGGAGACGCUGGAUAAGAUCAAGAACCUGAAGAGGAAACGCUCGGAAUCAGGCAACGACAUGGGCACCAAGGAGGCUGACAUUUUCGACGUCGGUGUCGACAAGGAGCUCAGCAAGAAUAGCACCGGCAGGUCUGACCGCGCUGGUGCUGGUCGUGGCAGCAAGCCCAACACCAAGCGCCAGAAGAAGGACGAAAAAUACGGCUUUGGUGGAAAGAAGCGUCAUGCGAAGUCGGGCGAUUUCGCUAGCUCGUCAGACUUGAGCGGCUUCAGUGCCAAAGCGAUGAAGGCCAAGGGUGGGGUCAGUAAAUCCAGACCAGGGAAGAGUAAGAGGAAGGCCAUGUCAACUCGAUAGAUAUCCUGUCAGCACCGUAAGUUGAAUACUCAAAUGCCUGGCGUCACGGGUCGGAAUGCCUGUUUAUGCAUGUCGUUCAUUCGUCUAUGACUUGGAAAGAAUAUGUAGAGAGAUUCGCUACCGGAACAGGCUUUGUGAGCUUUGUUCCGCGUGCCACCGUCCUCCUCGUUCCGUCUAAGACUCUCCAACUGGUG